AUGAGCUACCCGGCGAAGAUUCUUCUCAUCAAAUUGGUGAAGCAGCACGAAUCGAUUUGGAACACCCGGUCACCUGAAUACACACGAACAGAUUGUAAAACGCGUGCAUGGAUUGAGAUCGCGGAUCGGAUGGCUGCCAAUGGAUUCGAGUCAGAAAUUGGUAGGCUGAAAGUGAUGUGGAAAAACCUCCGAGAUCAAUGGAAACGAAAUCUUGCUUUGAAGUUGCCGGCUGAAAGAGAAUGGUAUUUUCAGCGUCGUAUCAACUUUCUCGCUGAUACCUAUGAAGGA